CUCGGUCAAAUAUUUUUCGUAAAUCACAUCUGCUUACAGUUAGUGUAACUAUAAAUUGAAUGCCUUCGCUAGUAAAUAUUAACAACGAAAUCAAAUUUAUAAGCCCAAGACACUAAAGAAAAAAGUUGAAUCUAACAAAAACCAUGGUACACAUUGAGGACAAUGGUGAACCCGGUUGCAAAACUGUCUUGGAAGUAAAUCAGCGAUAUCGUAAUUUCGAAGAUCCCACCUCAUAUUGGCAAUGCGGUCUACAAGGACAACCAGCCAAAAUGGUGCGCUGCGAUGCGAAUAAACUCUACUCGGAGGAGGAACAAAAGUGCAUUGACUGGAAGAAAUGGCAUUGGUCGGAUCCAAAAGAGCCACUUAGUCGACCAAGUAAAGCAAACAAGUGAAGAACCAGCAACAUCUUGAUGAGUAGACUUUAAAAAAGGAGCAUACAUCAAACUAAGCUUGUGGAUAUAAUAAAUAAUGAUAGGAGUAUAGUUUACAGAAUCGUCGUUAGGAAUUAUAAAUUCAGAUUCUAAUGUUUUAAGGCAGACAAACUUAAUAUAUUUACAAAUAAAAUAACAGUGUUCAGCGUUAAACAUUA